AAAGCUGUUCCCUUCGUGGAGAUGGUUGUCGCCCACUCAUCCAUACUUACCAUAUCCGCCAUCAGUUUUGAAAGAUAUUAUGCAAUUUGCAAACCACUAAAAGCUGGUUACAAAUGUACUAAACUUAGAGCUUUGAUAAUAAUAGCGAUCGUAUGGAUUAUCGCAAUCUUGUCGACGACACCGAUGUUAUACAUAACAGAGCUGUCGUUAGCGGAAUACGUCGACGGGAGUAUAGUUCCCGUUUGCCUGAGCCGUGUGAAGGGAUUACUGGAAACAUUAUAUUUUUUCAUUAUAUUGGUUACAUUCUUCGCUCUGCCAUUCCUAAUACUGAUAGUACUCUAUGGGCUGAUCGCCAAGAAUCUGGUGAUGGAUUCACGACUAGUCUGUUCCACAUCUGAAGAAUACCAGAUGAGGCUUCGGAAACAAGUGGUGUUUAUGUUGGCCGCAGUUAUGCUCAACUUUUUCAUUUGUUUGCUACCAUUUCGUAUAUUUUCGCUUUGGAUUCUCGUUGUGCCGCAGGAAAGGCUUAAUGAGCUCGGGAUGGAAAGUAUGUAUUGA